AUGAGCACGGACGUUCUUGUAACAGCAGACACCACACUAGCCGACCUUGCGUGGCCAAUAGUAUCAGCGGCAAUACGCUCCGCAACCUUCAUUGCGUUUUCGCUUAGAACGACGGUGUCGGUGCAAGACUGCGAACGCCAGCUAGGGUCUCUUGCAACGGAUACGUUGACUUUGGACGCUGUUCCAGAUUCCUCCGAACCUAAGCAUGCCGGGGAAUCAUUUUCUCCUGCCGACGAGUGUCACAUUGCCGCUAGUGGCGCGGGACAUCACCAGUCGCUACAGCGUCGGUACGCAGUCUAUCGUGAGUGGAUCACGCGUCAGUCCGUGAUAGAGCUGGGUAUGACGACGUUCAGGCGGAGGCCGAUGGAUCGCCCCUGGGUUUCAAAAGCGCGUGGAAAAUUGAGCGGGGAGCGAGAGCCUUCGGUAGCUUCAGGUCCAGGGGCCGAGCAAAGCACGAAAUCAUCCGAAACAGCAGCUUUUGAUGUACAGACUUUUCGUUUUAUUUUCCUCCUCGACAACAAGGGUACCGGAUCCGUCAUUCCAUGUUUCCUGGUGACACCGACAGCGCUGAGACAGCUCAGUGGACGGCAAUAUAAGGAGUACAGUGGCCAACUUGAGGUUGAUGCUGGGGCGGUCGUCGGGAGCCCGCUGUACAGCGACACCUCUGACGACGACGACAAUGAUGAAGACGAUUUUGACGAUGUUGAUGUUGACGACGACGUCGCGCAUGCGUGUACAACAGUCACUGCGGCACUGAGCAAGAGUGAACCGUACGAGUCCGCAACUCAGCAACGCGUUCCAGAGAUAGCGGCUUCUACAGAGUCUCUGGGCUGGGAUCGAACGGCAGAGAACGUGCUCGGCCUGGCGCUGCGACAAGGUAUUCGGUAUCUGCCGCCGCGAAGCCAGGUAACGAUGGAGACGACGCCGAACUCCCUACCACAACCGGCGGUGCCCUUGUGUUCCGCUGCGUCCUUCGAGACGAAUGCUCAGCGAGAGUGCCCUUCGUUGAACAGCGUCGAUGUAGCCGGAGGUACGCUGCAGGGCUUGGCGACCUCAACAGCUCACGCAGCAUCGCUGAAAACUGCAGGAUUAGGGGCUCGGUCCAGGGAGUGGGCGUCGCUGCCGCCGUCGACGGCCAAGGGCGAAGGUGCGCAACUUUUUCGGAUGUUAGCAGAGUCGGGCGUCCCGCUCGUAUUCUUUGAUGGCCUCUUCGAGAUUAUGUCCAUGUAUGAGGCUUUUUAUGCCCCGCUUCCGCCAGACCUUGAUGCAUUUAUUGCCACGCUUGGCAUCGUGACUCCGCGAGUUGUCGACGUUCGCUGUAUGACUGCACUCAUGAACUUGCACGGCAGCAGAAAGACGCGAGCACCUUGUCGAGCGAACGCGAACGACCUCCGUCCGGGUGAGGCGUUGCUGGCGCUGAUGGUACGCGUCGCCCUUCAAAGUGCAAGCGUGAAGCAUCGCCAUCUGCUGGAGUCUAUUCGUGGUGGGAGGUGCUUCGUCAACCAUCCUCACGCGCAAGCAUUACGUCGACAGGCGCAAGCUUUCGCGCAACAGCAUAACAACACAUCAGCACGCCAACGCGAUGGCACCGGGUCGGAUGCAUCCCUGGACAACGCUGGCAAGCAAGUGGGCAUCAUCCUGGACGGGCAGCAGCCUCCGAACGAGAGCGCCGAUUCGGGAGCAGCAGGGCUUGCCACCUGGGACCUAGAGCAAAUGCUCACGGAGAAUAGCGAGCCUGCGAAUGCUGGCGAGUAUGCGAGCAUGCUUUUGGUGCCGCUGGCGAGAGCGCAAACGAAUGCGCUCGAACGCUAUGGACAAAGCAGCAGCGACGGCACUGCCGCAGGCUCUUGGCCGGCGCCUGGCGUACCGGCUGAUGCUCUUGCCGAUUGCACGCCUCUCAAUGAAGCGGACGCAUGUGAGCUCAUUGCCGCGCUUGAAGACCAAGAAUUGCCGGAUGAUGCACUAGCGGAUUUCGAUAUGCCUCCGCAAAACGUGUCUGGAAACACAAGAGGAGCGGCGCUUCGUGCCUUUCAUGUGGGCGCAGUUUUGGCGUACUUACUUGAGCGUCACGGCUGGUCUGCGAUCAUGGAUCGAUUCCGCGGUUGCAUCAGCUCCGGCUAUGGAGACGACGCAAUCCGCUUACGCGAGCCGGGAAGCGAUGCGAAUGCUGCGAUGUACACGGGCAGCACUGGCUCCGGGCCAGACGUAAUACAGGGCAAGCUGACGUUUCCGGUGACGUCGGCUGCGUCUUGGCGCUCGAGGGUCGGCGGGUUUGUAUCCGCCAGCGACAGCAAGCGGAUCACGAGCCCAGAAUCCCAGGCGGAUGCUGAUCGUGUUCCCGCCGAAGCUCGUGACUGGGAUCAGCGACACCAGGCGCGUUCGACACUCCACCAGGGCCAGCAUGCCGAGGCAUCUCCACCAGCGAAUGCGUUUCUUUCCGAAACGCCUACCAUAAGAACGACGGUGAGCGCAGCAGCAGUAGCAGCGCCAACGCCUACGUUGCAUCAGCAGAGCAAAGCUGCGUCACUGACGCCGUCCAGCACCGUAGGGCAUGCGCUGGCUGAUGAAUGGAUUAGCCGACUUGUGAGUCUGCUCGCGCCGAACCGCCUAACCGAGAUGCUCUACGAGCGAACACUCAUGGCGGCAAGUAGCAUCGCACAACGAGCAUUAGGUGCACACUCGUUUGCAGUCGGAUCUUAUGCAGAGAAAACGUAUCUAUGGGAGAGCGGCCUCGACGUUGGCGUUUUCAUUGCAGGCGCCACCAACAACAACAACAAGUGCACGCAUACGCAGGGACACGUGUCCGGUGUCACGGGCUCGCCGCGGCGCGCCGCCACCCCCAACCCCAAUGAUGAUGUUCAUGAUGAUGCAUCGUGCAUCAGCGAUGCGUGGCCAACGCGCCUUGCCGCAGCGUUGUGUGCGCGCGCCACGCUGCUUGCGUUUCGGCGAUCGACGGCGGUACCAGCGUCGAUCGCUGAUCACAGCAGCGAAUCGUGCAUGCCGGCGAACGCGCACCCUCAACUGCUGUCAUCGUCGCAGUCGAUGGAGUCUCCAGUACACGCAUGGAUGCGCGAUGCGGACACGCAUUCGCAGGCGGCGUGGCAUGCUGCUGCGCGGCAACGUUCACGGCGACGACGGCGACGGCGACGGCAGCAGCAGCAGCAGCAGCAGCAGCAGGAACAGGAACAUGUUGUUGCAGCGGCGAUAUCUGGGGCGGUAACGACGGGUGAUCUGGGCACUGUUGAGGCGCGCUCGGGUCCUGCGACUGUGGACAGCGAUGCAUCGUCGUCGUCAUGCUCGGGCGGCGAGCGCGCUACUACAUGGCGUACGCAGGGAAACGAUGGUACAUUUCAGGGAGUCUCAGCUGGCAAUGCCCAGUGCGCCACGAGCUUGCAUUCGCCCUGUAUGGAGCAACUGGACUCUAUAUGUGUUGAGCGGACGCUUACCGACGACGACAACGCAGGCGACGGUGCCGUUGUUGUGCGAUGUCGCACGAAUGGGCUGACGACACAGUUCCUACUGAACCCGGCCGUAGCGCUUUGCAGGUCAUGUUUUCUAGUCGAAUGUGAUGAAUUGAUCGGGCGGAGGCACUUGCUCAUUCGCUGUCUAAUUUUGCUGAAGGUUUGGUGGCGCCACAGCCUGGCCACUGCGCAGGCACGAGCUUUGUUGUCGCCGCUCUCCGGGUCGCUUGUCUCGCCGUUCCUAGCAUUGUUGUUACUGAGCUAUUUGAAUUGCAGAGGCCUUCCUGGUGAUGAACCAGCACAUGUUUUACAAGGGCUCUUCUCUUUCUACGGAUUCGAUAUGGACUGGUCUCGUUGCGGUAUGAGCAUCUAUGGGCCGUUUGACAUCCAAAGUGGCGCGCUGAUGACGCAUUUGACGACGCGCCAACCGCUUAUCCCAGACGCGAUGCUUCGCGCGCAUCAGCUCGAGUACGCUACCUGUCGUCUGCGGUAUCGGGGCAGUGGCGAAGGCAGUGCUCGCGACCUAGGCGACACUGAUGCCGGAACGCGCACUGGCUACUGCGACGAAAACGACGACAACGAGGGUGCUGGAGAGCUACGCGCCCGAACUGGUCGCCAGCGAGCGCACUUGGGUCAUUUUCCCCUCAACGUAUUGGAUGCUCUGGACCCAGGCUGGAAUAUUGGGCUCCAGAUGGCACCGAGCCCAUCUCUAGCAUUCGCACUUGUGGGGGCAUUUCGCGCGACGGCACAAAAGCUGGGCGAGUUCCGGGAUCGCCCCAGCCGUAUGCACUUGGACUUCAUCUGGGGCAUCGACGGUGCGCUAAAGCCCAUCUGGUCCCUAAUCCAUGAGCACUGUGGAUCGGAUGCGGUCUUGUUGCUGCAAAGAGCAUUCGAUGAUACGCCUGCUGAGUACGCAUCGGGUGAACGCGCUGCGGACGGGCUCGACCAACUGAGCAGCGGAGUCGUUCCCGCAAUGCCGUCCACAACGGUACUGCGCUUUUGGGAGCUGCGGCAUCUCUGUGGCCUUGCGCUCGCCCCAGAAGCCGUAUCCACGUCGCCAUGUUCCGACAAACGCACUGGAUUACGGCAGGUGCACACAUACGCAUCCAGUGCUACGCGCGAAGAGCUUGGCGCUUUGCCCGAUAUCGGCGAGCUGAAGCAAAUCCUAGCCUACGUGCGAUUUCUCAUUCUAUUCGAUACUUCCGAGGCUGGUAUUUUGGCGUUCCUGCUGCAAACGCUCCGACGCAAGCGCUCGCUACUCGUUGGAGAACUUGGUCAGCUGCUGCGAAGCCGUAUGAACAAGAGCGCAUGGCAGACGCUCUUCAAAACACGCCACGGGGGCUUGAAGCGUUUCCUUGAACGGUAUCCCGAUCUUUUCCAAAUCGAAAAUGAUCAUCCGCUGAAUCCGCACGUCUCACUGCGCAUUCGGGACCUCGGCCAGAACAUGCACCGCAGACACCGUGGUGAAGCAACAGCUACCUGA